AUGAAGGCAUUUAUUUCACUUUGUUGCGCCUGGGCGCUUGCGGCCAAAGUCAACGCCUUGAACGGUACUGAUCUGGACGGGCUCACUGCUGGCUCCUUCGCCGAGUUCAGAGAGGCAGACACAGUUGAUUUGGCUGGCCUAAGCGCCACCGAGCCAGCAGGGGAGGCAGGCACCGCAGGUGCAGCUGUAGCGCGGGGACCGGAAGCUCCUGAAGCAGCAGUAGGAGCCCCAGGGGCAGCAGCACCACCUGCAGCACAAGCGGCGCCUACAGCCGGCGAGGGAGCUGAAGCUGCAGUGGCCACGCAAAAGUCUCCAGAGGAAGCAGCACAGCCUGGCCUUGAGGCAGCUACAGCCGGGACUGCCGAACAGCAAAAGCUGCAGCAGCCACCUACUGAAGCACCAGCAGCUGAAAUUCCUUCUCCAGAGCGAGAGGCCGCACCGCUAGGCGCGGCUGCCACAGCGGCGCCUUUGGCUGGACCGGAGGACUCACCUGAGGACAAGCUGGCGAAGGCGCUGUUGGCCCUCGAAGUUAAGACCGCACCGACUCUGGAGUACUCUACGGCACUAGAAUUGCAAUCUGCAAUCGAUAUGACUCUACCCGACAUUGAACUUGGCGACCUGGAGACUGCUCUGUUUGCCAUAUUGGAGGCCUCAGAUCGACUGGCUCUCCAAGAGCUAUUACCUGGCGUGCCGGAAACCUCCAUAUCCAAGUGGACCCUGAACGUUGUCUUGAAGUACUACAACGCUGUAAGAGGCCCGCAAGGGACCUCUCUGGUCCCGCAAGAGGCCCUAUCUCUGAUUGUACCUUUCUGGGCGCCAAGGGUGCAAGAGACGGAGCAGUAUGCAUUGCUGGUUCAGCGAAUGUUUGCUAAGCGGAUCCAGCAUCCUUCCUGGGAUCGUUACGCUGACAGAGAAAGCCUGUUUGGUCAAGCGCAUGAAGUGAUUGUAAAUACUUUAGGGUUUGUUUGUGGAGAUGAUGGAGUUCUAAAUGUUCAAAUGCAGCAUUGCAACAUGUCACUCAACGGAUCCGUGAAAGGCGAGAUGAGAGCGCUACAACUGAUCAUCACAGGCAUGGGUCUUGGUGUUUCUGCGCUGCUGCCUGGAAAAAUAGAAUCGAUGAACGCGUGGUUGCAACAGCUCGGAGAGACAGCAAAACCGCCAGCUUCCCAUAUGAUGCUUGACAAGGGCACCAUGAGCUGGGUCGUUAACGCAGCUGGGGGCGAAGCACCCGAGAUUAGCGAGCGGAUAAUUAGGAAUUUCCCUAACAUACCUCAGGCUACAAGACAAGUUAUCAUUACUACAACUUCAGAGGCACCAGGAGCGGCAGCAGCUGCAGCUAGAGUUAAACCGACGGCGCCUGAGGAAGAGAAGCCUAAAGAAGGCAUAUAUGCUCCCAUCAAACCUUCGGAAAGAGAAAUCUACCACGAGAUUCCAGCCAUCAAAAAAGCACCAGGCGCCGUCGGCAGACCGGUCGCCUCAGUUGCUCCAGACGAGGCGGAGAUCGCUGCGUCUAUGCCCUGGGCUUUCUUCCAACAAGCCAUCUCAAAAAGGCAUGGCCCCUAUCGCAGACUACCUUACUGGGUUGAAGUAUCCGCUGAUUGUCCCGUGAGGAGUUCAUCUACCCUAGGAGGAAAGAGACUGGACUUGACGAAAGCAACAGACGAUCUCCUGUUGCGUUUGGCGACAAUGACUCCCAUGCUUCUAAAAAAGUCCGGAGGCCGCAACGCUCCCCGAUUUGCUGCAGUUUGCGGUGCCAUGGGGGCCCUCUUGGCUGGCUGGCAGCAGGUUCUCGAAUCCUCGAUGGUGGAGAACCCCAGCGGGGUUCUGGCUCAUGCAGCGCUCAUUGAAAGAAUUUCUAACCUCCACAAGUACUUUUUGUUCCCCUACAGCGAUGUAGGAGAAGAGGCAAGGCAAGAUGAAAAGGCCUACGAGCAGAAACGUAAAGUCAUAAAAGCAUUCGCCAAAAGUGCUGAUACGAAGUACUGUUCCUCCCUCAUUAAUGCUGCCGGCGCUAUUGCGACACAGUCCUCUGAGGCUCCCAGCGGCAUGCGGCUCAAGGCGCGGUCUAUGUACGGCGGCCUGGCGAACAGCCUGGGCGUUUCUCUAUCUCUUCCUCUCGUGAUCCAGGAGGGAUUUAGAACUUAUGUUCAUUCUCAACUGGGCACAAAGAGCAAACGCAAACUGAAAAAAGGCCAAACUAAUGUGCUAGGCCUCUGCGCCGUGCUGCACGUUUCCGGCACUCUCCACAGCUGCGCCAAAGGCCAGACACACGAACUGGCCCACAAUUUGUUCCUGUCCAACGUUGCGGGCCAGACCUUGACGGAGCACCUUGUUCUUGCUGGGUCGAGCCUCAUCAACAAACACCCAAAGCUUUUCAUUCUCUGCAACAGAGAUACUGGCGGCCCCAUUUUCGAAUCGGUAAUGGAGGAGCUGCUGGUUGCUUUGUCUCCCGUGUGGGAAGACGAGGACUUGUUUAAACAGUAUAUAGAGGCGAGCGCGACAGAGGUGGCUGCAGCAGCACCAGCAGCAGAAGCAGCACCAGGAACAGCAGCAGAACCUGUGCCACCAACGCCCAGCCCCAGAAGCAGCAUCAGCUCCAGUAGCAGCAGCAGAAGCUCCGUCUCAACUGCUCCUGAACCUGAGCCGUUGUACGUGGAGGCCAACCCCAAGCUGUUUGAAACUGCAGAAGAAAAGAAAAGAAGACAAAGAAGAUCUCAAGCCAGGGCUUCUAAGGCCAGUGUCCGUCAGGAACCUGCAGAAAAGCCGGCAGCGGAGGAGGGAGAAAGCGAGUACAUUUCCUUGAUGAAGGAGCUUUAA